ACCAGUCUCGCCCUCGCCCUGUAUCCAAAUAAAGGACUAGCUGAUCAUGGAGUUUGCAGAGUUGAUAAAGACACCCAGGGUGGACGGGGUUGUCCUACAUCGUCCUUUCCUGCCCACUGUUGAAGGCACCCUCUGUCUGACUGGUCAUCACCUCAUUCUGUCCUCCAGACAGGACAACACAGAGGAGCUGUGGCUGCUCCACUCAAACAUCGACUCCAUAGAAAAGAGAUUUGUAGGGUCCUUGGGAAGCAUCAUUGUCAAAUGCAAAGACUUGAGGGUGAUCCAGCUCGACAUCCCUGGUAUGGAGGAGUGUCUCAACAUUGCCAGCUCUGUUGAGGCCCUGUCCACUCUUGAUAUAGUUUCACUGAUGUACCCAUUUUUCUACCGACCGAUGUUUGAAGUCUUAGAAGAUGGAUGGAAUUCGUUUCUUCCACUGGAUGCCUUUAAAGAUUUGGAGUCCAUGACGGACGAGUGGAGACUCAGCGAGGUCAACCAGGACUUCAGUGUGUGUCCGUCAUACCCGCCUCUGGUGGCCGUGCCCAAAGACGUGGACGACGACACACUGAGGAAAGUUGCUACUUUCCGUCACGGUGGCCGCUUUCCCGUCCUCAGCUACUAUCACAAAAAGAAUGGCAUGGUGAUGAUGCGAGCCGGACAGCCGCUGACGGGCACGAAUGGACGACGGUGCAAAGAGGAUGAGAAGCUUAUCAAUGCCACCCUGCGGCCGGGGAAACGUGGAUACAUCAUUGAUACGCGCACCAUCAACGUGGCCCAGCAGGCCAAAGCACGAGGUGGAGGAUUCGAGUCUGAGGCUAACUACCCUCAGUGGAGGAGGAUCCACAAAACCAUCGAAAGGUCGAACGUCCUGCAGGAGAGCCUGAUUAAGCUGGUGGAGGCUUGUAAUGACCAGUCCCACAGCAUGGACCGCUGGUUAAGCAAGCUAGAAGCUUCCAGCUGGCAGACUCACGUCAAGGAGAUCCUCACCACUGCCUGCCUGGCUGCCCAGUGCAUUGACAGGGAGGGAGCCUCGGUGCUUGUUCACGGCACAGAAGGGACAGAUUCCACUCUCCAGGUGACCUCGUUGGCUCAGAUCAUCCUUGAUCCGGCUUGCAGGACCAUCAAAGGCUUCCAGGGUCUAGUGGAGCGAGAGUGGCUCCAGGCAGGUCAUCCAUUCCAGCAGCGCUGUGCUCAGUCUGCCUACUCCAACAGCAAGCCUCGCCAGGAAGCGCCCGUCUUCCUGCUCUUCCUGGACUGCGUGUGGCAGAUCCUCCGCCAGUUUCCCUGCUCCUUUGAAUUCACUGAGAGCUUCCUGGUGCUGCUGUUCGAGCACGCCUAUGCCUCUCAGUUCGGUACAUUCCUGGGCAACAGCGCAGCUGAGAGAGCCAGACUGUCUCUGCCUGAGAAGACGGUCUCCCUGUGGUCAUGGGUGAAUCGACCCCAGGAGCUGGAACACUUCACCAACCCCCUCUACGAGGCAAACAGUCUCGUGAUCUGGCCUUCUGUCGCCCCUCAGAGUCUGCUGCUGUGGGAAGGAGUGUUUCUUCGCUGGAACCGCUCCUCCAGGAGUCUGGAUGAGGCCUAUGAAGAAAUGGUACACAUCAUCGAGUACAACAAGGAACUUCAGAACAAAGUGAACAGCUUGCGCCGGCAGCUGGCCCAGCUUGAAACUGAAGAUCCUCUGCUGCACACACCAUAAAGACAAAUGUCUGCCAAAAGGGAAAAAGCAAAAGAUGGAAGGAGAUAAAGUGACAGUCAUUUGAUAUAAACAGAUUGUUCCCAGCCAGUUGCAAGUUAUAUUCAGAUAUUAAAAAAAAAAAAGAAGCUGUAAUUGAAAUACAUCUCCCUUCAUCCAUCAGCUUUUAAACAAUAGUCAUAAUUCAGUGGACUGAAACCUCACAAACAGGAAAUGCUUUGCUUUAUUGUCUUUCUACACAAAGUUAGAGGAAAAUAUCUCUAAACUAAAUAUCCGAAUCCUUUGGAUUAAUGCUGAAAACUAAAUUUGCUUCAUGUAAUCUUCUAAACUCCCUUCACAUGUAGAUUUAAAUCCAUGCACGCUGACCGGUCAUCUGAUUUCAUCUAACCUCUGCAGUCGCGCUCUCGCUUUUCACCCACGUACACUAAAACCAUCUCCUCGGCGCGGAGGAAUGGUGCACAGGGUCCACGUUUUCACCAAAUAUCCUGAUGAAUGUAUCCAGCACUGGAGCGCCGCGGAGUAACUAUGGCAACAUAUAGGGUGCUGGAAGGCGGCACGUGACUUGGCCUCACGUUGAGAUGACAGAAGAUGUGUAGGUACGGUCGACACCCACAGGACUGUAUAAUGGGUUUAUAUAAUGCCUAUCUGGAAAAAAAAAAAAAAAAAUCAUGCAUAUUUAUCAGUUUGUUUCUGAACAUUCCAGUGGCCACAAGUUAGCGCAACCUCAUGAUGCAGUGAUUCCCCCAGACUCCAGACCUCGCUGUGUGUUUCGUGCUUCAUUCAAACCUGAGGGAUCAUGUUGACUCUUCGGUUCAUGUGGCUCUGAAGGACGAGCCGUUGCCCCGUGUUUCAUCAGCAGGUUAGAAUAUCCUCAGCAGCAAUAUUUAAAAAAAGAGUGCCGAUAGUUUGGUUGUCAUGGUGACAGAGGCAAGGCUUCAGUCACACGGGUCCGACUGCUCCAACGGUGAAAAUACUUCAUUUGCUUUAAAGACCAGAGUUGUAUAAUAAUUAAGAUGAUUCCUUUAUCUUGACAAAUGCAUAUCUAAGUUAUACGUUUUCAAGAACUACUGCACUUUGUGUGAAUCUUUACUAUAUUCUGCAUGUGACGCCAUCACCUUUUAAUCCAGUUUUACAGAUAUGAUUUUCUGAUUAUAUCUCCAUAUCUGGCAUAAAGUUUGUUUGUUUUUUUCAGUCAGUGCUGACCAGCUGUGAGUGAAGCUGCUUUUAAAAACAUUUUCUCUGUCUUCAAACUUGAAAUCGUGCCGUGGUCUUGCAUUGAAGUCUGCACCUGGACUCUUGUGGAGACGGCCGAUCUCCUCCUCCAGUGCUGUUAUUGAUCGUGCUGUUAUCAAGCUUUACAUUUACAGUACUGUAAUUACUGGCCAGUAGUGCUUGUUGCAUAAUCUCCGUUCGUUUAAUUCUGAUUAGAAUACCUUUAACCUUUUCUAAAGUUUUAUGCUAACCACACUAAUAUCAGCUUAUUCCAGCCACUACUUUAAAACGCAUUACAAAGGGAAAAAAAGUUUACAUGUGUAUUUCUUGUGUGCACUAUUUACUUCGUCUCCUGUCAGCCAAAAAGACGCCUCACCUCCAUGCUUUGUGUGUGCAUGAGCGAAAACAAUGAGUCCCGCCAGAUUACCGGGGUGACUCACAAUGGAAGAUGUUUAUUAUACUUGCAUUAUACACAAUAUCCUGUGUUUGUUGUUGCUUGAGCAGAAAUUAUUGUACUGUUUUGCAAGUAACCUCUUUGGUUUGUUGAACCUCUCCACAAUGUGCAAUGCCUUACUGUAAAAUCAGAAAUUCAAAAAAAAAAAAAAAGAAUAUAAAAUGUGUUUAAGGUUAUCAGGGCUGAUCUGAUGCUUGUAACAGUCUAUUUCUGUUCAGAUAAUUUAAAUUUUUUUUUUUAUGUUUUCAAGCAAAUAAAAUUAUAGCACAA